AUUAUUACAUAUUAGAUAGAUUACAGUUUUGCCUAAAAAUGGCCGCCCCUCGUGCCAUGAGAGACAAUGAUACUGCUUUAUGGCUUCAUAAUAAGCUGGGUUCCGCUGAGGAACUCUGGGUUUCGUCAAGCAUUGGUGGAAUUAUAAAAACUGACACAAUUGACAAUAUAUUCCGCUGUUUUUCUGUCUUAUCGACAACAGUAAAAAUGAAGCUCUUAUUGGGAAUAUUACAUCUUCCUCGAAGAAGUCUAGAAGAGAUGAAACAUACUAUUGAUGGGCUAGUGGAACUUGCUUUAGACGACGGCGACCAGUGGGUAAAACUUGUUGCCAACGUGGUAAAAACUUACCCAAUGAGGUGUAAGUUGAGUCUUGAUUUGAGCUCAAAUCAAAUCGCGGAAAAUGUCAUUCACCAGUUGGAAGAAAAAGUUCGGGAUUCUGAUGUUUUUGCAACUUUGCCUUUAGAGUGUCAAUACGUUAAUAAAAAUGCACUUCAAAAUUUGGUCGGUAAUCAACCCCCUCCGCAGAGACAUUUUGCGCUUAAAAGAAAGCCGAAGUCCGCUGCAUUGAGAGUGGACUUGAUGCAGAAGUCAACUAAUGCGUCAAGUCAAGUUAAAAAGGGUGUAUCGAACAAAAUGGUUCCUGUAAAACAUAGAGACAUGACAAGAAAGCUUUCGGAUGCAAGUCCUAUGAGGGGAAUACCAAAAACACCGGCUGGUGCACAUCGAGCUGAAGGAUUCAGGACGCAGUCGACUCCAGGCUCUCACAUGACACCUGGUGGGGCUAGCAGAACAGCGUCGAGAUUUUCAUCAAGAGCAGAGCGAGGAACAAAAUUGCUGGAUAUUUCUGAGCAACCUCUCGGAAUUCGAGAACAGAAAAGACGAAAGAAGCAACAGCAGGAAGAUGACAGUUCACAGCAGACUCAGCCUGAAGAAAAAAUGGACGAAACACCGGAGUAUGCCGCUGGUCUCGUCCCUCCAACAAUGGCACAAUCUACUGCACCCGAGGAAGAGCCAUCGGUUCCAACAGAUGCAAAUGAUGACACAGAUGAGGCAGAUGAAGAUCAACAAGAAGAAAUGGAGGAUGAAGAUGAAUACUCUGCUCAUUAUAGCCCUGCAGAAUCACCAACCAACAAAAUGCCGGUUAAUUAUAGUUCUAUUGACCAAGAAGAAAUGCCUGCCCCGCCUUCAGCCCCACCCCCUGAACCAACUAAGAAAAAUCCGCCAAUUGAAAAACGUCCUUCGAUUGAAGAUUAUCCUGUAUAUGCAAUGCCUGCAACACCUUCGCCGUAUUUUAAACCGACGCCAACUCCAGCUCAUAUUAUUACUUCUCCUUCACAUUCUAAACCGGCUUUAUCAAGUCCAAACACCCCAUCUUCUCACACCUCAUCAUCUAGCACUUCAUCUAGCAGUCCUUCCCCCGCUCGCAGAACGCAAGAGCAACCAACAAAUAUUCCGAGUCCAGUAAGGGUUAUGCAAAGCCCACAAAUCACACAGAAUAAGCAAAUCAGUCCUGUGCACUCUCAACCCCAGCAGACAAAUUUAUCACUUCCAAAAAACACUCAAAACUUUCCUCAAGUACCAAGGUUCUAUUCCCCACCUGUACAAAACCAGCCAAGAUUACAUACCCCUUCUCAGCCCCAGAUUUCACAACAACAGCAGCAGCAAGUCUCAAUACAACAACCAACAACGGUGCUACAUGGUUACCCUGCAGGAAUUUAUCGUACUCAAGUACCGGUGCGACCUGGAAUGCCUUAUAUUGUAUCUCCUAAUAUGGUGCAACGUAGCGUACAAAUCCCUGCACAAACUAUAAGAUUCGCUCCUUCCGCAAACGAAGGACAAAUUCGAAGUUCAAUUCCCGGCUUACAAACAGCUGUUUCGAGUAACCUACAACACCAGUUACAAUUACAGCAGCAUGCUCAACAGCAGGCUGCAGCAGCAGCAGCUCAGCAAGCUGCACAGCAAGCCCAACAACAGCAGCAACAGAAAAAGACUUUGACACUUACACGUGAGCAGUGGUACCAAGCACAAGAAAUGUUCCGAAACGCUAACAGACUAACUAGACAAGAGAAGUCGAUUAUAUUAGGUUUUAUGGCGGGGUCAAGGGACAACCCCAACCCAGAUAAGGGUGAUGUGGUGCAAAUUACUCUCUCUGAGCAUGAGCAAACUGUACAGAACCCUGUUGGUGGAAGCUUGAUUCCUGUUGUGGUUGAAACUUAUUUUGAAAUGAAUUAUAGGACUGGUACCACUGCUAAAAAACAAAGAUUAAAACAAGUGGUGGCUCGGUAGUAUUUUACAUAUAAAAUAAAAUUAUUGCAAUUCUUA